GUCGACAGCGCUGUCAUUCACAAAUUUCACGCGUCGCCAUGUCUGCCACGGUAGAAGCUGCCGUCCCCAAAUCACUCUCGACGUCGUCUGCGCCCAAGACGGAAGAGCGCAAAGUGUCCAAGACGUUGAAGACGUUCGGCGGCAUGGCCGGUGGGUUUGUUGAAGCGUGCACGCUCCAGCCUUUGGACACUGUCAAGACCCGCCUCCAAUUGUCUGGCGGCAAAGACGGGGCGAUUACCGUGGCCCGCAAAAUUGUCGCGGAAGAAGGCGCGGCCGCCCUGUACAAGGGGUUGACUCCUUUCGUGUUGCACUUGGUGAUCAAGUACUCGUUGCGAUUCUCGACGAACGAAUUCUAUCGUGGGUUGCUGUCUGACAAGGAUGGCAAGGUCACUCCGUUCCGUGGCUUCUUGGCCGGUGCUGGUGCCGGCAUCACGGAAGCUAUUUUCAUCGUGACUCCGUUCGAAGUGGUCAAGACCCGCCUCCAGCAACAAAAGGGAUCGACCAACUUGAAGUACCAUGGCCCCGUCCACGCUGCGCAGACGAUUUUCCGCGAAGAAGGCGCGGCCGCUCUGUGGAAGGGUUGCGUGCCGACCAUGACCCGUCAAGGGUUGAACCAGUGUUUCCUCUUUGGGUCGUACGACUUGCUCAAGAGCGCCCUAUGGGGCUUGAGCCGCGACGACAAGAUUUCAUCGCACCAGGCAUUGGUGACCGGUAUGGUCGCUGGUAUGUUGGGUCCUGUCUUCAACACCCCCGUGGAUGUCGCCAAGACGCGCUUGAUGGCGCAAGCAAACAAGGUUGGUGAAGCCGGCAAGUACACAGGCAUGGUCCAGUGCAUCCAGACCGUGGCAAAGGAGGAAGGCGUCGGUGCUUUGUACCGUGGAUUGAUUCCUCGCAUGGCCCGCGUCGCGCCAGGCCAAGGGAUCACGUUCGCCGUCAUGGAAACGGUGUGCAAGAUCUUUGCCUAAACACCGAGGAGGCGUCGUCAACGAUGUGACCAGUGUAAAGUAUUGCAUUAUUAAUUCAAAGUUCCGCUUGCUACCCCG